UAAAAUUAGUUGGCGACACGCAAUAGCCACACCAAAACCUCCUGAAAACCACUAUAAAACACGCCAAGAAGCGUGCUCGCCACACUGCCCAUCCAUCCACUCGAUCGAUCUCAGCUAAUUAAUUAAGCUAACAGGCCAGCCAAUCAGCCAUGGCGGCCAUGAUGAACAACGAGAGAUCAAGCAGCAACAAGCUGCAGGUUGACGCCGAGAACCCGGCGGCGGUGGGCGACGAGCUGGACCUGGCGGCGCGCGCCAACUGGCUGCGGGCGGCGGUGCUGGGCGCGAACGACGGGCUGGUGUCGACGGCGUCGCUGAUGCUGGGGGUGGGCGCCGUGAAGGCGGAGGCGCGCGCCAUGGUCAUCUCCGGCUUCGCGGGCCUCCUGGCGGGCGCCUGCAGCAUGGCCAUCGGGGAGUUCGUGUCCGUGUGCUCGCAGCGCGAUGUGGAGCUGGCGCAGCUGGAGCGCGAUGGCAAGCGCGGCGGGGAGGAGGAGAAGGCCCUGCCGAGCCCCGCGCAGGCGGCGGCGGCGUCGGCCAUGGCGUUCUCGGUGGGCGCCGUGGUGCCGCUGCUGGCGGCCGGGUUCAUCGUCAACUACAGGCUGCGGAUCGCGGUGGUGGUGGCGGUGGCGAGCGUGGCGCUGGCGGCGUUCGGGUGCGUGGGCGCGGUGCUGGGGCGGGCGGCGGUGGCGCGGUCGAGCGCGAGGGUGGUGCUCGGUGGGUGGGCCGCCAUGGGCAUCACCUUCGGCCUCAUGAGGCUCUUCAAGGCCAGCGGCAUAUGAUCGAUCGAUCACUAGCUAGUUAAUUAAGCUCUCUGCUCUACUACUAAGUUCAUUUUUUUUUAAAACUUACUGCAUUAAUUAAACUAAACUAAAACUGCAUAUGCAUGUGGACGACGAUGAUGUUUUGGCGCCAUGAGCGCAUGAUAUAUACGAGCGCACAUGCACGCGUUCUUCGUGUUCGAUC